AUGGUCAAAGUCGCUGUUGCCGGAGGCCUUGGCAAUGUCGGAAAGACCAUUGUCGACAUCCUGAAGACCAGUCCCAAGCACGAUGUCAUUGUUCUUUCCCGAAAGGCCGGCGAUGACGCGACGGCCCCCGUUGUCACAGUAGACUACAACAGCGUCGACUCGCUGAAGCAGGUGCUGGAGAGCAGCGAGAUUGAAGUGGUCGUUUCGGCACUGAUGGUGGCGGACGAAGCGUCGUCGCAGUCUCAGCUCAACCUCAUCAAGGCUGCUGACAAGUCUUCGACGACCAAGAGAUUUGUCGCCAGUGAAUACGGAGUGCCCUUCAGCUCCGAGGAUGUGGCUAUUCUGCCUCACCUGAAAUUCCGGUUUGAUGCGCACGUGGAGCUCCGGAAGACUGGCCUCCAAUGGACUCGGUUCCAGAACGGCUUCUUUCUCGACUACUUUGGGUUGCCGCACAUCAAAAGCUACCAACAGCCAAUCGCGCCGGUGCUGGAUGUUGCAAACAAGGCGGCGGCAAUUCCUGGAGACGGGAACACGCCCGUGGCUUUCACGUACACGUUCGAUGUGGCCAAGUUCGUGGUUGCGGCGCUCGAGCUUCCGACAUGGGACAACGAGUAUCUGAUCGUUGGUGACAAGCUGACGUGGAACGAGUUCUUGAGGCUUGCAGAGGAGGUUCGCGGCUCCAAGUUCGAGGUGCACCACGACGAUCUCGACAAGCUCAGGGCUCAUCAGAUCACCGAACUUCCCGUUCACGUUGCGGCGUAUCCCUUCUUCCCCAAGGAGAGGUUGCAAGCCAUGUUUGCGGCUUUUGGGCUGUAUUUCGCAACGGGAAAGUUCGACCUGCCGACUGAGAAGGCGUUGAACCAGAAGUUCCCGGAGAUCAAGCCCACGAGCGCGAAGGAGUUGUUGGAGCAGGCCUGGAAGGAAUGCAAAUCCGUCUCUUUCCUGAUGCGUGUGUAUUAUUAUUCCGUUGCGGUGGUGACCUUGGCGCGGAUGAAAGAGAAGAUGAAGGCAAACGAGGUCGGCCCACGGGGAAAGAGGCCGGCUAAAGUGGAGGAUCGGGAUAACGCCCCGACAUCACCAGCAAUUAAUGCACAAUUGCGCAGUGAGUCACUCUCUCGUUUUCCUGCGUGCAUGCCGCUGUCUCGGGAGUCGGUCGCGGCGGCGCGCCAGGCCAUCAAGCCCCACGUCCACCGCACGCCUGUGCUCACCUGCACCACCCUCUCCCGCUUCGUCUCCACCCCGCAGACAGAGUAUGACUUGAACGGCACCGAGUUUGCGGGGCAGACGCCUGCGCGCCCCAAGAUCAACCUCUUCUUCAAGUGCGAGAACAACCAGCGCGUCGGCGCCUUCAAGGCCCGCGGCGCAUUCCACGCCCUGUCGCGCCUGACCGACGACGAGCUCAGCAAAGGCGUCGUGACGCACAGCUCCGGCAACCAUGCCGCCGCCCUCGCCCUCGCCGCCAAAACCCGCGGCGUCAAGGCCUACAUCGUCAUGCCCACCAUCAGCACCCCCUCCAAGAUCGCCGCCACCCAGGGCCACGGCGCCGAAGUCGUCUUCAGCGGCUCCACCUCGCAGGAGCGCGAGGCCGUCGUGCAGGACGUCAUCGCCCGCACCGGCGCCAUCCUCGUCCCUCCCUACGACCAUCCGGAUAUCAUCCUGGGCCAGGGCACCGCCGCCCUGGAGUUCGAGCAGCAGGUCAGGGAUCUGAUCGCGGACAAGGCAGCGCUGAGCGUGCGGGUUGAUACCGACGCGCUGGAUGCUGUCAUCACGCCCUGCGGCGGAGGAGGCUUGCUGUCCGGCACCGCCACCGCCCUGAGCGGCACUGGCAUCCGCGUCUUUGGCGCCGAGCCGUCGUUCCAAGGCGCCGACGACGCGCGCAGGGGCCUGAAGGAAGGGAAGCGCAUCACGACCGUCAAGUCGCUCACCAUCGCCGAUGGCGUGAGGACCCCGGUGGGCGAAAUCCCCUGGUCCGUCAUCAGCGACAAGAGUAAGGUGAAGGGCAUUUUCUCCGUGACGGAGGACCAGAUCAAGGCCGCCAUGCGUCUUCUCAUGGAGCGCAUGAAGGUUUUUAUAGAACCGACUGCUGCCCUCGGCCUGGCCGUCUGCCUCUACAACGAGGAGUUCAGGCGUCUGGUUGAGCAGGAGGCCGGAGAGAAGGGGUGGAAUGUUGGCAUUGUGCUUAGUGGAGGCAACACCACCAUGGAGGCUAUUGGUAAACUUUUUGCUGCUCCCGAGUCGAAAGCGGAGAGAGCAGAAGGCGUUGUGGGCAAAGAUGGAGAGCGCAAGGCCGAGAACGUUGCCGGAUAG